AUGGUGGUGGUGGUGGUGGCGAUGCUGGUAGCCAGGGGCCCCGUGCCGGCGUCGAACCGACGAGGCCCGUGGCUGCCCGCGGGCCGCCCGUGGCCCCGUGGCCGCUGCCGCCCGGCCGCUCGAGGGCACGGAGGCGACCACGUGGUCUCGGAGACGCCGCUGCCGUGGUGGGCACGAGAACAGCAGCAGCAAUCAUCAGCAGCAGCAGCAUCAACAGCGGCCCCACCACCACCACCACCAUCAUCAUCUGCAUCAUCAGCAGUAACAGCAGCAAGAGCAGCAUCAUCAUCAUCAUCAGCAGUGGCAUCACUGUCAGCGCUGCUGAAAUCCUCUCUGUCAUCACUACUGUCAUCAGCAUCAUCAUCAGCAUCAUCAUCAUCAGCAGCAGCAUCAUCAGCACCCAAACCACCACCACCACCACCAUCAUCACCGCGUUCACUCUCAUCCAUCCUAUCACUGCGAUCUCGCGCUGCUGAUGUUGCUGCUGCUGAUGCUGCUGAUGAUGCUGCUGAUGAUGAUUCUGGUGGUGGUGGGGCUGCUGAUGAUGAUGCCGAUGGCGAAUCGCUCCGCGUGACGGAUGUGUUCGUGGCCGUGAAGACUUCCUGGAAGUUCCACGCGACGCGAAUGCGUCUCUUGAUGAAGACCUGGCUGGGACUGGCCAGGGACCACACUUUCGUGUUCACGGAUGGUGAGGACGAGGAGCUGAAUCGUGAACUUGGAGGCCACUUGCUCCAGACGAACUGCUCCUCCGCCCACUCACGGCAGGCGCUGUCCUGCAAGAUGGCGGUCGAGUUGGACACUUUCCUGCGCGGAUCACACAAGUGGUUCUGCCACGUGGAUGACGACACGUACCUCAACACGGGCGCCCUGCUGGGUCUGCUGAGACGAUUCUCACACCGCAGGGACCUGUACCUGGGUCGUCCCUCACUGGAUCACCCCAUACACACCCAGCACCAGGAGGCUGCUGCUGAGUUUUGGUUUGCGACCGGCGGUGCCGGAUUCUGUCUCAGUCGGGGACUCACACUCAAGAUGUCUCCCUGGGUCAGUGGUGGAGAGUUCAUGGCGACUGCAGAGAGAAUCCGCUUGCCAGACGACUGCACGGUUGGAUUCGUGAGCGAAUGGCUUCUGGGAAUUCCGCUCACCCACUCAGCGCUAUUCCACUCUCAUCUAGAGGGUCUGGCUCAGCUACCCACCCAGUCCCUCACCAGUCAGGUGAGUAGCUCACCCACUCACCCACCCACUCACCCACUCACCUACUCACCCACAGGGUCUGGCUCAGCUGCCCACCCAGUCCCUCACCAGCCAGGUGAGUAG